GGUGCUGCUGUCAGGCCUCAUUGGCGUGGUCUCCUGGAAGAGGCCUCUCUCCCUCGUGAUAACCUUUUUCAUGCUGCUCUCUGCAGUGUGUGUAAUGCUGAAUUUGGCUGGUUCAAUUCUCUCCUGUCAGAACGCUCAGCUUGUCAAGUCCCUGGAAGGCUGUCAGUUGAUAAAGUUUGACAGCGUCGAGGUGUGCGUCUGCUGUGAGAUGCAGCACCAGUCGUCCGGCUGCAGCAACCUGGGGGAGACGCUGAAGCUGAACCCUCUGCAGGAGGACUGCAACGCCGUGAGGCUGACCUUGAAGGACCUCCUCUUCAGCGUGUGUGCCCUCAACGUCCUCUCCACCAUCGUGUGUGCCCUGGCCACGGCCAUGUGCUGCAUGCAGAUGGUCUCCUCUGAUGUCCUGCAGAUGUUUUUCCCGCAAAGGGCGCACUCCACCAGCCCGGCCUGCCUGACCCCUCACGGCACCGUUCUCCACCAGACCCUGGAUUUCGAUGAGUUCGUACCUCCACUGCCUCCACCUCCCUACUACCCUCCGGAGUACACCUGUACGCCCACAGCCGAGGCCCACAGGGGCCUCCACCUGAACUUUGCCGCCUCACCGUUCAGCACCUUGUACGACGUGGCCAUCAACAGCCCUGGCCUGCUCUACCCCGCCGAGCUCCCCCCGCCCUACGAAGCCGUGGUGGGCCCCAGCCCAGCCAGCCAGCUGGCGAGUGGGGAGCAGCCGGGGACCGAGGCCAGCUCUGGGGACCCAGGCUCUGCUGCUGGCCUCAGCGCACAAGUGCCAGCCGACAGCACGAGCCUCCCCGUGGCUGAGGGUGCCUCCGCGCCUGGCCCGAGCCAGCUGAACCCCGAAGGCCCUCCGCACCCCGAAGGCGCCCCACCGCCCACUCCAGGCCCAGGCUGCACGUCUCCGGAGGGCCUGGUCCAGGGCAAGAGGGUGUGGCAGGGACCAGGGCGCAUAGCCCGCUCCACCAGCGACCCCACCUCUUGCACCUCCAGUGCAGCAGGUGACUCCUCUUCCAACACCCCCUCCUGCAGCCAGGACCUUGAAGCAGGACUGUCCCGGGCUCUGGGGACUGCCUCCCUGCCUCGCUCCGUCACGGCUGCUUGUGGGCAUAGGCGCCCGCUUUCACCCCCCGGGGAGCCAGAGACCUGGAAAAGCGACCCGCGGUCAGAGCCAGAGGCCUUACAGACGGUCUCCAAAGAGCGGCCACGCGCGCUCGUGGCCAGCAAGGCCUAUGCAGACACCAGGGUGCUGGUGGCUAAGUUUUUGGAACAUUCCAACUGCGCGCUCCCGCCCGAGGUGCGGCACGUGGUGGGCGCCAUCCGCUCGGCCGUGGCCUCAGAGGAGCGGCGCGUGGGGGAGGCCGUCCUUAGCGCCGGGGUCCUUGAUCAGGCGUGAACGAGUCACCCGCCUCGUCGUGGGCCCGGACGGGCGGCGCCAGCCAACCAGUCCCUCUGCCCCAGGCGCCGGGCCUGCAAGGACAGACCUACGUCCCCGCAGGGGCCUGGGCGCCGGGGGCGGAUGGGGACGGCCUCCCUGCCGGGAGGGGCAUCUGCUCCUUUGUUUCCUGGGGGACGACACUUCCUACCUAUCCCAGUAAUACAGAAAACGACUCUCCGUGUCCAUCGUGAACUCUGUGGCUUUGUCAGGCACGUGCACCUCGCCUGCCUUGCAGGGUGCAGUGACAGGUGCUCCCCAUGCCUGCGGCCUCCUCCUGCUCUAGUUUAGUGUUACGUGGACAGAGGAUGCCACCGCGUAGCCAGGGCACGCUCGUGUGACUUUAUCACUCAAUCAUCAACUCUUUAUCACAUGCGGAAUUUAAAGAAAAUAGGUCCCUUCGGCACAAGGGCAGCUGUGGAACAGACGGCAGGGGGUCCGCCACCUUGGGAGGCGGGUGGAUGUGGCAUGGGGCGCCAGCAGGGGGCCCCGUCACCUGUCUCCCGGGCCUCCCUUGCCCUCCCCGCAGCAGGCGCCUUCCCACUUUCUCCGUCUUGCACUUUGGUUCCAGCCAGGAGCAGCCUCUAGGGGCUAUUUGUCCAUAAGGUAAGCGCCAUAUACAGCCGCCUGGGGGCCCCCUGGGUCUGCCUCCUCCAGCUUGGCCUCGGUGGGUGGUCUGGCAACGGCAUCCUGUGUCCCAGGAAUGGGCACCUCAUGAGAGCGUUCCCUCGGCGUCCCCUGGCCAGCCAGGGGACAGCGGUCACGGCUGCCUUGGAGAAUGCAUUUCCUUCCAGAAAAUGCCCCAGCUGGAGAAGCAGAAGCAGGCAGGCUUCACCUGCUCUGCACCUGUUGACUCUCUCACGCCCCUGCUUCUCCUGUUUGGCAGCAUCUCGGACGCACUUCCUUCAAUAACUGUAGGGCAACACUGGCCUUCUAGAACUUUCCACAGUGACGGGGAUUUGCAAAGAAACCUGCACCGUCCAAAAGGGUAGCCACCAGUGAGGGCCCCUGCAUUGAACAAGGCAGCUCACAGGCCACAGGUUUCAACCAAGAGCCCACGGCCUCGUGUGGACAGUGCCCGCCGCUACUCCAGGCCCAGCCGUUGAAGGGACACAGCUGGCAUUCUCCCCUGCCCUGCACUGCCUGGAGCCAGUGUGCGGAGGGCAGGUCUGUGGAAGCUGAGAGGGGACAGCCACAAGCCUGGAGCCCUGGGAACGGCAGCACAAGAAGCUUGCAGGACAGCCAGCUGCGGAGAUGACCCCCGCCUCACUGACGAUACUGCCGUGGUCUCCCAGGGCCGAGUCGGCUGGAAAAAUUCAAAUCACCCUUUUGAUAACAAGCAGGACUUUUGCACUGGAGACAGACCAGAGGUGCACUGAUGAGCACUUUAUUCAGACUAUAAAGCGGGAAGUCCGUUCUUCAAUUUUCCUCACCUGGGGGCUUGGGAAGUUCCCCAAAGUGAAAACCCCUUGCACGGUGACGUUACUGGUGGCCUUUCCAAGUGGCCUCCCGUGAGCCUCCUUGCAAAGUGUUAAUGGGCCUGGUCAGUGAAUCAGGGCUCUUUCUGUGCAUCCACCUGUGCAUGGGGUCUGAAUUCUGGCCUGGGCUCGCAACGCGUGUCCCGGGGCUAAGGCUUGGGGCGAGGUGAGCCUGAUUGUCAGACCUGGGUACUCGUAGGAUCGGCCCCUCCCCCUCCCACCCCCUGGAGCCCAGGCACCAGUGUCUUAUUGUGCUGCCAGGUGAGUGACCACUGGGUCCCCCAGCCUGGCACCCUGUGGCCUCCCCUUCUGCUCUCAGCUGGGGGGUGGGGGUUGGUGUUUUCUCUGCCACCCGGGCCCCUGCCCCAAGCUGUGUCUCACCUUCUGCACAGGUGAGUGCUCUGGUCCGAAGCCGGAGGUCAACACCCUCAAGCAUCACACCUGCUUCAAAGCUUUCAUGUUUGCUCUCAGAGAGCUCGGACUGUUGGACGAGGAAGCUGUACCCAGCUUCACAUCAAUGGGCCAUAGCCUGCUCACUGCUCAGGGCCCAGGGCAGCCCAUGUCAACUGUGGGGGGCCCAGGAAGGUCUGCGCAGAGAGAUGCCCGUUAGAACCAUCCGGAGUGGACUGGGACCGCACCCCCAGCUCCCAACAUCUAGCACCUCAAGCCUCAGGUGUGUGUGGGUGUGCUGCUGAGGGGUAUCUGAAAUGGGGCUUUCUUCCCUCCAGCUGGCUCUGUCCUCCGCACUCUUGUUAACACACAAACAGGCCUGCAUGGGACCCCCACCUGCAGAGGGCCCCCCUGACCUGCCAGCCCUCAUACCCACAGGGUCUGGCCAGGUGAGCGGCCAGACCCUGACCCACCCGCUGAACCCAGGCUGGGGCCUGCAGGAUGCUGAGCUGGGUGAGUUCUGGACCCCAACUCUGUGGCCAGCACAGAAGUGGAGCUCACCCUUCACAAGGACUUAAAUGUCUUCUUCGGCAGGCGACAAUAAUUCAAAUUAAACGCUGUAACAAACCAUGUAACAGAAAGCCCAUUCCAGUGCGUCCCCCUCCACUGUAUUGAUUCACGGACACUGCUGUUAAGGCAGAAUUUAUAGAAAAUUGUUUUCCAGCCACAGGAGACCUGUUUGUACAACUUGAAGGUUGUAUUUAUUUAAUGUACCUCAAGGUGUUUUCAUAAUGAUCCGUGUUUUAAUAAAAACUAUU